UAUUACAGUUACGAUCCGUUAAACUACGGUAUGUCAAUUGAAUCUGAAGCUCAAAAACCAAUUAUUCUACAAGGACUAUACGAAAUGAAUGGACAAAUAUUAAUUUUACCCAUCGUGGGCAACGGACGAUGCAAAAUUAACUUAGAAGACUUCAAGCUUACUGGUAUAUUGCAAAUGACACAAUUAUUGAAAAAUGGAAGUAUAUUCUUAGAAAUACAAGAUUUAUCUUGGAAAUUUACUACUUCAAGAAUAAAUAUUAAGUUCGAUAACUUAUUUAAUGGAAACAAAGUUCUUGGAAAUCAUAUGAAUAAUUUUCUUAACGAAAACUGGCGAGAAUUAUUUGAUGAAAUGCAAUCGGGAUUCGAACAAGCAUUAAGUUCUACUUUUAUAGGAAUUAUCCAGCAGUUUUUGAAUCAAGUCCCACUAAAGCAAAUUUUUAAUGAUUAAAUAUUUAAGUUUUUAUCAGUUAUUUUUAACGUAUAUUAUACAUAGUAAUAAUCAAGUUAUAAACGAACAUGUUCAGUGGGGCCCAUUAUCUU